AAAUCCCCAACAAGCCGGAGCUCGUCCUCAAGCCGUCCUCGCCCAUCGUGAGCCUGGAAUACAACCCCAAAGACUCGCACGUCCUGCUGGGGGGGUGCUACAACGGGCAGAUGGCGUACUGGGACACCAGAAAGGGGUGCUUUCCUGUGGAGGUGUCCACCGUGGAGGUCAGCCACAGGGACCCCGUGUACGGAGCCGUCUGGUUGCAGUCCAAAACGGGCACCGAGUGCUUCUCGGCUUCCACCGACGGGCAGGUCCUGUGGUGGGACAUCCGCAAGCUGUCGGAGCCCACCGAGAAGCUGGCCCUGGACAUCACCCGGAAAGGGCUCCUGGAGAAUGCGCUGGGCGCCGUCACGCUGGAGUUCGAGCCCACCAUGCCCACCAAGUUCAUGGUGGGCACGGAGCAGGGCAUCGUCAUUGCCUGCAACCGCAAGGCCAAGAAUCCAACUGAGAAAAUCACCUGCACCUACAGCGGCCACCACGGACCCGUCUACGCGCUGGCCAGGAACCCCUUCUACCCCAAAAUCUUCCUGACGGUUGGCGACUGGACUGCUCGGAUCUGGUCGGAGGAGAUCCGGGAGUCGCCGAUUAUGUGGACCAAGUACCACCUCCCCUACCUGACGGACGGGUGCUGGAGCAGCCAGAGGCCGGCCGUCUUCUUCACCACCCGUGUGGAUCUGCCCCCGUCACUUGUCCUGCCCUGCUUCCCCCAUGGGCUGAUGCCACACUUGUCCGUCCUCCCUCCCCAGGUUUGCGACGAGCCCCUCUCCUGCCUGCGCCUGCAGGACAACGGCAGCGUCGUGGGCUGCGGCUCCAAGCUGGGCACGGUCACCGUGCUGGAAAUCUCCUCCGGGUUCUGCACCCUCCAGAAGAACGAGAAGGCCCUGGUCAACGCUAUGUUCGAGCGGGAGACGAGGCGGGAGAAGGUCCUGGAGGCCCGGCACCGGGAGAUGCGGCUGAAGGAGCGCGCCAAGCUGGAGAGCCAGGGUACGGAGGUGAAGGAGAACACAGAGUGGGCUCCCGAGGCGGUGCUGGAGCGCACCCGCAAGGACUUCACCGAGAUCAUCCAGGAGGAGCUGCUGAGGACGCAGGCUGAGGCCCGGCGCCUGCAUGUCAAGGGGAAGGAGCGAGCGGGAGAGGAGGCGGCUGCGCAGGAUGAAGAGAGGCAGCUGGACCAGGAGCAGGACCAGAAGAAGGAGAAGGACAAGGAUGAGUAG